CCUUGUAUAAGUGAUUUCGCACAUAAAACCCUAAACAUCUGUAAAUGUUACUGUUUCAUUGCUUCCUAGGAUUUAUUUCAAUUAAAAACUCGAGCAUAAACCAAUGAUGCGACGUAUCCUUUCAAAGAACUUUGCGAAUCCAAGUAAUGACAUUAUGGGAUAUCUAGUGACUAAACAUCUAGCUAAAAGGAACAGGUUGGUGGAACAUGCAGCUGUAAGGUUAUGCAACAUUCAACCCAACGAUAACAUACUAGAGGUGGGUUUCGGUCCAGGUGUUGGUCUAAAUGAAGCUUUCAAAAUGGUUAAAGAUGGUUCUGGUAUAGUUCAUGGCAUUGAUAUCUCUAAUAGGAGUUUUAACACGGCUAGUCGAAACUUGAAACAGGAAAUCACAACGGGGAAAGUAACGCUCCAUAUGGCCUCCGUGACAGAUAUUCCAUUUGAUGCCAGUACAUUUGACAGUAUAUUUCAUACUAACUGUUACUUUUUCUGGCCAGACAUGGACGCUGCAGCUAAAGAACUUCACAGAGUGAUUAAACCAGACAAGUUAAUAGUUACGUGCCACAAACAUUCUCUAACAAAACAAAUAGCGAAACAUGGAUUCAUGCAAUGCGGAAAUAUCGACCCAGACAGAUACAUGUCCGCCCUUGAGAAAAACGGUUUCUAUGAUGUUAAUAUGAAAAGUGUUUCAUUUGAAAACAAAAACGUUGAUGCAAUUGUUGCAAAAGCAAAAAAAUACGUGACCUAAUUUAUGUAGGCAAUAAAUCUAAAAUAAUUAGCCCUCGAGAUAAA